AUGUACGAUACACGGCAUGAAACAGAGGCACGAGUGCAUCGGAAGACUAAAAAGCUCUCAAGACCAGAGAUCGUGUUAAGCGAUGAACAAUUUAUUGAUUUGGCCAAAAGGUACGAAACACAUCCAUGCCUCUGGAAUGAAAAUGAGAUAGCAUACAGAUUCACUAACAGGCGUCGUGAAGCCUUGGAGAAUAUACUUCAGGAAUUUAAUAAAAAGUUUGAUAUAAACUUAACUAAACCUGAUCUGGAAAAGAAACUUUCUCGACUACGCAAAAUAUGUUCAUACGAAAAGAAUCAAAAAAUAGAAUGUAAACAAAGCAAAAGUAUUUAUAAACCAACAUGCCCAUAUUAUAAGCACUUGGCGUUUGCUGAGGUCGAUGUUAAUCCUUUUGAAUGCUCAGUUUGUGGAAAUUUACUUCCUAGUCAAAACCAGUACAAAAUACAUUUAGCAUCCCAUGACGGAUCGCCACCAUAUAAAUGUAUUGUUUGUGGACAUGGAUUUCAGAAGUCAGAUAAUUUAACGGUACAUUUGCGGAGGCAUGCACAAGACUACAGCUACACCUGUGAGGUGUGCAACAGGCCUAUUGCAACCUCAACUGAGUUAAAAGCCCAUAUGCUUAUCCACACUGGCGAAAAACCGUAUGUUUGUGAUAUUUGCGGCAAGAGUUUCAAAAAGCUAUACGAUUUUAAAGAACAUUUGCCACGACAUGAGGAACGCAAAAUUCACAAGUGUACAAUUUGUCCAAAGGCCUUUUAUACUAGGAGUAUGUUUAGGGAACACAAGGCCACUCAUUUGAAGGUGCGGGACAAAAUAUGCAGCGUUUGCAAUAAAGGAUUUACAACUCGGAAACAACUUCGUCAACACAAAGACAUUCAUGAUGCAGCAAAGAAAUUUGUUUGCAAGAUUUGUGGGAAGCGUUUUGCCCAAUCCGCUGGACUAUGUGCACACAUAAAAUCGCAUGGAACAGCAUUAUCUUCUAAGAUUGCAAAUUAUGAAUAAUUUUUUUUAUUUAUUUGUGCUUUGUUUUAUAAUUAAAAUCCAUACAUACAAUAUGUAAUAUCUUUCUUACCAUGAAGUUGUAAUUUAAUUUUAUUUCGAAUAUUGAUCCUUUUUUCAUACAACAUUAGACAUUGAAAUUUAAGCAGGGACCGAAAAUGACCGUUGAAUAUUAAGAUUUUUAUUUUUUGCGUAUUAAAAAAUCGUUCUUUGAUUUUUAUUUUUCCGAUCAAGAAUAAGCGUUAAAUUUAGAUUGUUGUUUUUUUGGGUAAAUUGGAUUCUUAUUUUUUCGAUCGUUUGCAAACCUUAUGAGGCAGACUGCGUUUUGUAUGACUGAUUUAAAUCUUUUCUGGUCUAAAAUAUUAAAUCUGAAAAUAACGGUUAUAUGAUCAAAAAAGCAUAAAAGAUAACGGUUAGGUUUUAAAGAUCAUAACCGUUAUGGUCCCUGAAUUAAAGUGAAUAAUAUGUUUUAUGUUUUCCCAUGUUAAAAUAUUAGGUAUCAAAUUAAAGCGCUUGGCCUGUAGAUGUUUUAUUUUUUCGAAAAGAAUUGCCACCUGAUAUAAUUAAUUCAAUUUAUUGAGUAAGUCAAAUCAGUUAUUACAUAAUGGGUAUAGUUUUUGCUCUAACUUUCGGCCGAUUACCGAAGCUGAAGCGGAUGAUUUACUUUAAAAUUUUUUCAAAGAAUAAACCUUUUUAAGUGUACAUAAAAUACAAAAUACAUAUAAGCGUAUUUAUCUUUUGUGUUUUAACAAAAAAAUUCUAAUUUUCUUAAAAUAAUUGCAGUCACAGUUCAGUUUCUAAGCAAAGUGAUUGUUAUGCAGCGAAUAUAUUUGUUUAUAUGAACGUUAAUAAUAUUAUAAUAAUAUUUUGGCGCUUUCACUUUUGCUAAGUGUUUGGCCGAAGUUCUCCUCUAAUUUGUGGUGUGCGUCUUGAUGUUGUAACACAAGUGGAUGGACUUAUAGUUUUAUGCCGCUUUCGAAUGCCAAAUGGAUUUCAUCCCCAUGCACUAUGGUUGAAAUAAGCACUUUCUGUUGUCAAAAGUCCAAUUUUCAGUUUUUACUUUCAAAAUUUUUAACAGGCGGACUUUGUUCUAGAUACUCUAAUAGAAAUGAAAUUAUAAAUUUAUGACCGUAAGGUAACCUUGGUCCCCUAUCUGCCGACGUAAAGUUUGUGGUUUUGUUUUUAGUUUGGGCUAGAAUUUUAUUAUGUUGAACUGUAGUGCUAGUUGGAUGUGUUUUAUUUAAAAAAAAAAACAAGAAAAAACAAAAAAAUAUUCCGACGAACUGAU